CCAUCUCCGGGGCGGGCGGCAGGCGGGAGGGAGGCGGGCCCGCCCCGGGGCCGCCAUGGCGGGCUUCGUGCGGGAGCUGGAGCGGCGGGCAGGGCCGGCGCUGCGGCUGGAGCAGCGGGCGGCCGGCGGGGUGGGCUGCGUGGUGUGGGACGCUGCCCUGGUGCUCGCCAAGUUCCUGGAGACCGGCGCCUGCCCGCUCGCCCGCCGACGCGUCCUGGAGCUGGGGGCCGGUACCGGUGCCGUGGGUAUCAUGGCGGCCACGCUGGGGGCCGACGUGACGGUGACGGACCUGCAGGAGCUGCAGGAGCUGCUGGCGGUGAACAUCGAGCACAACAAGCACCUGGUGACGGGGUCCCUCCGAGCCAAGGUACUGAAAUGGGGUGAAGAUGUAACAGAAUUUCAGCCUCCCCCCGAUUAUAUACUCAUGGCUGAUUGCAUUUACUAUGAGGAGUCGUUAGAGCCGUUGCUGAAGACGCUGAGGGACCUCACGGGCCCUGAUACCUGUGUCUUGUGCUGUUAUGAACAGAGGACUAUGGGAAAGAAUCCUGAAAUCGAGAGGAAGUACUUUGAGCUGCUUCAGGUGGACUUUGAGCUGGAAACAAUUCCCCUGGAUAAGCACGAUGAGGAGUAUCGCAGCGAGGACAUCCAUAUCCUGAGCAUCCACAGGAAACCAGUGAAUUCUCCACCGUGAGAUCUCUGACCACAGUAUCUGUCCUCUGGCAGCUGGUGGAGCUCUGGAGAAGAGGGAGAGGGAAUAGAAUAACACCACAAAGGGACUGUCUCCGGUGUGGUUUGUGACUCAUCUGCAGAAAACGGCUUCUCCCUGGUGGCCUUGGCAUGAGGAAGCAGCAGAAGUGAGUUCCUUAGAGUAGAUCCACUGAUGGUGCCUCCCAGGAGGACAGAGGGGAGCUGUCUCUGACUGCAGGCUGAGGCAGAGAGUGGCAGAAGAAGGAACCAGAGCUUCCCCCAGAGCAGUGCAGGGUGCACCUUUGGGUCACCUCUGCUGGGCAGCCACUCCCUGGAGCAGUGGGUGGCUUGCCAAGUGUUCGUGGAGCAGAUCCCAGGACAUGGCACUGAAUCUCUGGGAGGAGAAGACCGCAAGUGAGCUCAGUCACCCAGCCCCACCUCACCGGUCAAUAAACCUUUUGCACUUGAAA